GCGACAGACACAGCGGACACGGUCUCCCCACCACGAGAUGCGAUAGAGCGGCCGAGGCGCCGCGAGGAAACUGUCGCUAUCUGGUGCAGCGCAGCACUUCGGCCAGUGCGCGCGCGGCCGCGGGGCAGAGCGCUGAUGCAGCGGGCGCUGGCGCUGCCUGUGCUUUUGCUCGCGGCGGCGGUCACCGCGGGAGGUGCCGCCUCCGCUAUCGACGACUGCACGCCGCCGCGCCCAGCGGCCGCUGUAUCCCUGUACGGCUGCUCGUGGUCGGGCACACACAUACGAUGCGAACACUUCCCACCGCGGUCUACGUUAAACAGAGGCGUCGCCGUCCUGGAGCUGGCCGAGCCGGUGAGCGGCCGGGAGCUGGCCAAGGGCGGAACGCACUGCGUCCUGUUGAAGUUGUUCAUCAGAGAGGACAACCGUGGCUGCAGGGAGUCGCUGAUGUUCCGCAACUUCAAAGUGGGCUGGGUCCAAUUCGCACCGGGCACCGCGAAGAAACGGUGCAGUAACUGCGUAGUGAACCUUCGCAUGAUGGAAGACGUCACGCGCCUGCAGCAGUUUAGCUCCAGGAGCUACGAGAAUAAGUUCUGGGACUUCAGUAAUCCGGUGUUCAACGCUGAAACGGGGUCAUUAGUAGAAAUAAGUUUCAAUGUAUUCAACAAGAUGGAGAUACCCUGCAGGAUAUCGCUGGCUAACAUCCAGUAUUUGGGAAACACAAGUGUGGAGAAAUUUACGCUUAGGAGGAAUGAGAACAACAGCACGCACUUGAAACUGGGAAUGAUGCCGAAGAUGAAGGACUUCAGAAUUGCAUAUGCUUACAUAGGAAAAUUUCCAGAAGAUGCUGACGUUCAGAUGCCCGUUCUGGAAACGCUGUCGCUGCGCUACGUUGGGCUGGAGGCGGUGCCCCCGGCCGUGGCGGGUAUGAAGCUCCUGGAGACGCUGGAGCUGUCUGGUGCGCGGCUGGGCCGGCUGGCGGGGCAGCUGCCACCGAUGCCGAAACUCAUCGACCUGGCUCUGGACGACGCGGGCCUCUGCUGUCUAGACGAGGACCACGAGGCUUUCUCAGGCCUUCCGCAGCUCGAGUUCCUCACCGUCGAGAACAACGCGCUCCCCACUCUGGGUUCGGCGCUGAGCCAACUUCACAAUCUCGAAUUCCUCGUCGCUUCAAAUAACUCGCUCACUGAGUACCCGCAGCUGGAUAUUCGCAAGCCUGCAGUCCUCGUAUUCGAGCACAAUCGGUUGCAAACCUUACCGGACUGUGCCCGUCUCAGUCGUAACGACAGUAUAUUGGAUCUGGACAUCAGUAACAAUCAAAUCAGCUCUUGGGAUGGUCGUGACGACAUGCUUAGGUGCGUGGAGAAGCUGAACGUGUCGUACAACAAGGUGAGCGUGUUGAGCUCGAGCAUGCUGCGCGUGCUGGACCGCGUGCAGUUGGCGGACCUGGGCGGCAACCCGGUGCACUGCAGGGGCUGCCCGCUGGUGGAGCUGCAGCAGUGGCUGCUGGGCACGGCGGUGCAGGUGCGCGCCGGCGGGCUGUCGGCGGCCGCCACGGAGCUGCGCUGCGCCGCGCCAGCCGUCGUCGCCGGCUUGUCGGUGGGCGCGGCGCCCUCCAGCCCGGAGGACUGCCGGGCCCCAGUAGACGAGGCGCGGCCGGUGCUCGCCCUGGCUCUGGGUCUGGCGGCCUUGGCCGCGCUGGCGCUGGCCGCCGCGGCGCUCUGCCACCGCUACCGCUUCGAGCUGGCCUACAGCGCGCACCUGCUCCGGCUGCGCCUGCGCGCUCGGGCCACAGCCAGAACUGGUGGACGCAGUGCUGGCGCCGCCUUCCUCUACGAUGCUUUCGUCUUGUACAGUGGAGGUGACCGGCAGUGGGUGGUUGAGACGCUGGUGCCGCUGUUGGAGAAAGGACCGCAGCGCUACCGCCUCUGCCUGCACGAGCGAGACUUCCAGCUGGGCACCGUCAUCGUGCAGAACAUCUCCAGCUCCAUGGACCGCAGCCGGCACACCAUCGUCGUUCUCUCAGACAACUUCGUCAGCAGCAAGUGGUGCAUGUGGGAGAUGGACGUGGCGCACCACCGCACGCUGGACCCGUCGCAGCGCGAGUUCAUCAUCCUGCUGGAACUGGAGCCGCUGGAACGGUCCGCGCUGCCGCGGCACCUACGCUUCUUGAUGGACACCCGCUCGUGCGUACACUGGCACCAGGCAGCCGACAGCGACCACCACCAGCAGGCACUGCGCUCUCUGAAGCGGGCCCUGGGGCCAGGCCUCUUCCCCCGUACUGAGACCACUGGCUGCUGACCACGAGGGGCCUCCACCUCCAACGAAUCCCAACCGUCUUACUGCGCUUCACCAAAUUGUCCUUAUACGGGGUGAGCAUUGAUAAAACCGGCAAACAGCAGAGGCGGAUUCCUGACUGGAAAUGGACGAGAGGAGGUCCUACGAACAUAUGUCCAGAAAUGGACCGUAUGUGCGCAACAACAACAAAUCGUCCCGGAACAUACUGCAGUGCUGCACUGCGUCUAUGUCACAGAUGUCGACAGUGGCCUCCAAGGGAUGCAAUGCAUGCAUUCACACGUGACGUCAUAGACUGCCACACUCUCUUGCACGUUGCGGCCUCUCAUUGAAUACUGUUUCAGAUAUCAUGAACACGGAAGGUCUGCACAUCAGGAACUGGUUCAGCAUACAUAACGCUUUUCAGAUGCCCCCAGAGGUUAAAAUCCAAAGGGUUUAAAUCCGUUGAUCUAGCAUCCCACGCUAUAGGGCCUACGCAUCCUAUCCAGCGUGUGGGAAUGAUGUUGUUGAGGUGUCGGCGAACAGUAACGCGGAAGCUGAGAGUUGGUUCGUCAUGCAGAAACCACAUAACUGUCAGGCACAUUUUCAAGCAGCCCAGACAGAGUAUUCCAUAGAAAGUCCAGGUACGUUCCUCCGUCAAGGCGUUGAGAAAUAAUAACUGGUCCAUGUAUGUGGUAAUCAAGAAUCCCUGCCCACACACUGAUGAUGAACUGAUUCUGAUGAGACGCCUCAACUAUUGCCUGAGGAUUGUCUGUUGCCAACUGAUGAUGCAAGUUCUGGUAAAGGUUGAUCCAUCGGUAAAGAGGACUGAUGACAAUAAUCCUAUAAUUAUGACAGUCUGUGGCAAAAACCACCAGCAAAAUCCUUCCCGUAGAGGGAAAUCCGCUGCUAAUAUUCUUUGCACUCAUUGCAGGUGAUAGGUAUACUAACGGUCGUAAUGCAGGAUACACAUAAUUGUACUUUGGCGUACACCACGUUGGCGGGCCACUUGCCUGGAGUUUAUACCAGGGUUCGUCCCAAUGUCCUGUAGAAGCUGGUCCUCCAGAUCUGGUGUAACCACAUUCUCCCACCCUCCUGCACGUUCGUCUUUCUGAAAGGAUCUAUGAUCACACAAACACCUAACAGGGCCUGAAAUGUUGUAUGAUGUGGUACAGCCGUGCUGCCUCUCGACCGUUUCCAUCUGCUUGGCUAUACAGGAACACCAUCCCAGCUUAUUCUCGACAUGAAUGCCGGACUAUUUUGCUGCUUACAGUACGCUGCGUCCACCACAGCCCGCAACGCACAUGCAACAUGUUCAUAGGACCUUUUUUCCUUCAUUUCCAGUCAGGAAUCCGUUCGUGCAGUUCAUCGGUUUUAUUAAUGUUUAGUUUGUGUACAGGACAAGCCAAAAAAAAGAAAUGAGAAGGCCAGACUAGGGUAGGCCGUCGAACCGACCCGAAUUUUAUGGAUAACCGUAGGUGUGAAAUGCACUGUUGUGGAGCUUCAUCCAUAAAACGACAGCCAAUUUGCACCGAGUGUGCGGAAGUUUGUCCGGUAAACGAAUGUGUUUGGGUAUGUCUAACAAAACUGUUUGUGCAGUAGUGCUGUAAUAACAAUAACGAUUAAAAAUACUCUGACUACAUAAUUUUUCGCUGUGCAUUACAUAAGUACCUGUUACUACGCUAGUUUAAUUGAGACACAUUAAAUUUACAUUGCACAUAUGAAGAGACAAUAAACUUUCUUUCCAUACACAGUUCUGAACACUUGUUGGGAAGGAUGAGAUCAUUGCACUAAUGCGUGCAUGGUGCAACUGUACAAGUGUUGGGGCCUGCAAGCGCUGCCUAUAACAAUAAAACAAGUUUUGUAAAUGUUCCAUCCAA